GAACAUGCCAACAGAACACCGGCAGUUGUCGUUGUUUCUAACGUUCUUUGCAUCAUUGACCAGCCGUUUUCUUACACAUUCACCGUAAAGAUAACGUUAUGGAGCCCUGAAACUGACCAAAACGCAGCGAAGGACUAUCCGCAGCAUGUAAUCGCAGGUCAAGCGCAAGGGCCGGAGAGAGGAGCAGCCAAAGUGUGCACCUAAUCUAUUCCGCAAGGCGACGCACUUAACCUAUGCGGUUUCUUUGGGGUCCAGCAUGAUGCCAGCUUCGUCUGCCAACCAGGUACAACACUCCACCAAUGGUGGAGACACAAGGGAACUAGCAGGGGCUUUUGAUUGGGCCCUAGAGACAGGCGAAAGACUUGGACGCCAGGAAGAGUCAUGGAGAACUUUGCAUGCGAGAAGUGUUUCAAAGAGUGGAGAACCGUGUACUGAAGGACUGUACUCAAGCCCGUAUGUAGCUGCUGCUUCAUGGGCCUUGCUUUCGUCCGUCUCACCUGAGGGAAAAUGUUCCUGUGUACUGCAGGGUGUCCGGGAAAUCAUGAACCGUAUGGCUUCCUUCCUCAUAAUUAGGAGACAUGAAGUAGCAUGUCGCUUUACAGGGCUCGAAAUACUGGCAAUAUGA